AUUUGAAGCUGUAGGAGCUUUUUAAAUACCAACAUCUUCCUCUCUUGCUGGCUGGAUUGAAGAGCCAGUCAAAACCGCAGCCAUGAGCAGCGAUGUAGAGAUGCAGAUUUAUGGUGUGGCCGCAGUGUUCCUGCGCAAACCCGAGAAGGAGCGUAUUGAAGCUCAGAACCAACCGUUUGAUGCCAAAACCCACUGCUACGUGACUGACCCAACUGUGGAUUAUGUAAAGGGGAAAAUUAAGAGCUCAGAUGGUGGUAAGACCACUGUGGAGACGGAGGAUAAUCGGACCGUCACCGUUAAACCUGAAAAUGUGUUCCCUAUGAACCCGCCUAAGUAUGACAAAAUAGAGGACAUGGCGAUGCUGACCCAUCUAAAUGAGCCGGCCGUGCUGUAUAAUCUGAAGGAGCGCUACAAGGCCUGGAUGAUCUAUACCUAUUCCGGCCUGUUCUGUGUCACAGUGAACCCCUACAAGUGGCUGCCCGUGUACAACCAGGAAGUGGUCAAUGCUUACAGAGGCAAAAAGCGUCAGGAAGCCCCACCUCACAUCUUCUCCAUCUCUGAUAAUGCCUAUCAGUCCAUGUUAACUGAUCGGGAGAAUCAGUCUAUUCUGAUCACCGGAGAAUCUGGUGCCGGGAAGACUGUGAACACCAAACGUGUCAUCCAGUACUUUGCAACAAUUGCAGCUGUUGGUGACCCUAAGAAGAAGGAUACGGGCAGUAAAAUGAAGGGCACUUUGGAAGAUCAAAUCAUCCAGGCUAACCCUCUGCUGGAAGCAUUUGGCAAUGCCAAAACUGUGAGGAAUGACAACUCAUCCCGUUUCGGUAAAUUUAUUCGAAUCCACUUUGGUACCACUGGAAAGUUGGCUUCAGCAGAUAUUGAAACAUAUCUCCUGGAAAAAUCCAGGGUAACUUUCCAGCUUGCGGCAGAGAGAAGCUAUCACAUCUUCUAUCAGAUUAUCUCCAAUAAAAAGCCAGAACUCAUUGAAACAUUGUUAAUUACAACAAAUCCAUAUGACUUCCCAUAUAUGAGCCAGGGGGAGAUCUCAGUGGCCAGCAUUGACGACACAGAGGAAUUAAUGGCCACAGAUAGUGCCAUAGAUAUUCUGGGCUUCACCUCAGAAGAAAAAAUUGGUAUUUACAAGUUAACAGGUUCAGUAAUGCACUACGGCGUAAUGAAGUUCAAACAGAAGCCCCGGGAGGAGCAGGCAGAACCUGAUGGUACCGAAGUGGCAGAUAAAACCGCCUAUCUGAUGGGACUCAACUCAGCAGAAUUCCUAAAAGCGCUCUGCUACCCUCGAGUCAAAGUCGGAAAUGAAUACGUCACCAAAAGUCAGACCGUUGAGCAGGUGCACCAAAAUGUAAAUGCCCUGGCCAAGUCCGUGUAUGAGAAAUUAUUCCUGUGGAUGGUAACCCGGAUUAACCAACAGCUGGAUACCAAACUUCCCAGACAGCAUUUCAUCGGGGUGCUGGAUAUUGCUGGGUUUGAAAUCUUUGAGUUGAACAGUUUGGAGCAGCUGUGCAUCAACUUCACCAACGAGAAACUGCAACAGUUCUUUAAUCACCACAUGUUCGUCUUGGAACAAGAGGAAUACAAGAAGGAAGGGAUUGAGUGGGACUUCAUUGACUUCGGCAUGGACUUGGCAGCCUGCAUUGAGCUUAUUGAGAAGCCAAUGGGCAUUUUCUCCAUCCUUGAAGAGGAGUGCAUGUUUCCCAAGGCAACAGACUCUUCGUUCAAGAACAAGCUGUAUGACCAGCAUCUCGGCAAGUCCAACAACUUCCAGAAACCAAAACCAGCCAAAGGCAAAGCUGAGGCUCACUUCUCUCUCGUCCAUUAUGCCGGGACAGUGGAUUACAAUAUUAAAGGUUGGCUGGAGAAGAACAAGGACCCACUGAAUGACACUGUGGUGGGACUCUAUCAAAAGUCAUCCAUGAAACUUUUGGCAAACCUUUACGCUGCGUACUCUGGUACAGAUGUAGAAGGAGGCACCAAGAAGGCUGCUAAGAAGAAAGGUUCUUCCUUUCAGACGGUGUCCGCUCUUUUCAGGGAAAACCUGAACAAGCUCAUGUCCAACCUGAGGACCACUCAUCCCCAUUUUGUGAGGUGCCUAAUUCCUAAUGAAACAAAAACACCAGGCGAAAUGGAUCAUCACCUUGUCUUGCACCAGUUGAGAUGUAACGGGGUACUCGAGGGCAUUAGAAUAUGCCGCAAGGGUUUUCCCAGCAGAAUUGCAUAUGCAGACUUUAAACAACGAUAUCGAAUUCUGAAUGCAAGUGCCAUUCCAGAGGGACACUUUAUUGACAGCAAAAAAGCCUCAGAGAAACUCUUGGGGUCAAUUGAUAUUGAUCACACUCAGUAUAAAUUUGGGCACACAAAGGUGUUCUUCAAAGCUGGGUUGCUGGGAACUUUGGAAGAAAUGCGUGAUGAUCGCCUAGCCCAUCUGAUUACUCGCACGCAGGCCUUAAGUAGAGGAUACCUGAUGAGGGUGGAAUUCAAAAAGAUGAUGGACAGAAGGGAAGCGAUAUUCAGUAUCCAGUAUAAUAUCCGAGCUUUCAUGAAUGUUAAACACUGGCCUUGGAUGAAAUUGUACUUCAAGAUUAAGCCCCUACUCCGGAGCGCAGAAACUGAAAAAGAGAUGGCUGUAAUGAAAGAGGAGUUUGCCAAAACUAAGGAGAAUCUGGCAAAGUCUGAGGCACAAAGGAAAGAGCUGGAGGAGAAGAUGGUAAAACUUCUUCAAGAGAAGAAUGACCUACACCUGCAUGUCCAGUCUGAAUUAGAAAACUUGAAUGAUGCAGAGGAAAGAUGUGAUCAGUUAAUUAAAACCAAGAUUCAGUUGGAAGCCAAAAUCAAAGAGCUCAAUGAGAGACUGGAAGAUGAGGAGGAGUCGAAUGCUGAACUGACAGCCAAGAAACGAAAACUGGAGGAUGAGUGUUCUGAAUUGAAGAAAGAUAUUGAUGACCUUGAGUUGACGUUGGCCAAGGUUGAGAAGGAAAGACACGCCAUAGAAAACAAAGUGAAAAACCUCACUGAGGAAAUGGCUAGUCUAGAUGAAACCAUUGUGAAGCUGACCAAAGAAAAGAAGGCUCUCCAAGAAGCUCAUCAGCAAACCUUAGAUGAUCUCCAGGCUGAGGAAGACAAAGUCAACUCACUGACCAAACUUAAAACCAAACUAGAACAGCAAAUUGACGAUCUUCAAGGCUCUCUAGAGCAAGAGAAAAAGCUUCGCAUGGAGAACGAACGGGCCAAGAGGAAGCUGGAAGGAGACUUGAAAAUGGCACAUGACUCUAUAAUGGAUUUGGAGAAUGACAGACAACAGAUGGACGAAAAGCUAAAAAAGAAGGAUUUCGAGAUAAGCCAGCUGUUGAGUAGAAUCGAGGAUGAACAGGUUCUGGCAAAUCAAUUUCAGAAGAAAAUAAAGGAACUCCAGGCUCGCGUGGAAGAACUUGAAGAAGAGAUUGAGUCUGAGAAGGCAACACGAGCCAAGGCGGAGAAGCAAAGGUCUGACCUGACCAGGGAACUGGAGGAGAUUAGCGAGAGGCUGGAGGAAGCUGGAGGUGCCACAUCUACUCAGAUAGAGAUGAAUAAGAAAAGAGAAACUGAAUUUCAAAAGAUGCGCAGGGAUCUGGAGGAGGUCUCCUUGCAACAUGAAGCCACCGUUGCCACUCUCCGUAAGAAGCACUCAGAAGGUGCUGCGGAGUAUGGAGAGCAAAUCGACAACUUGCAACGCGUGAAGCAGAAACUGGAGAAGGAGAAGAGUGAGAUGAGGAUGGAGAUCGAUGAUCUCAACAGCAACCUUGAAACUAUCACAAAAUCCAAGGUUAAUUUUGAGAAGCUCUGUCGUAUGAUGGAGGAUCAGCUGAGCGAAUUCAAGGCUAAGACAGAGCAAAACCAGCGUACUGUCGCUGAGCUGACAUUAAGUAAAGCUCGUCUGCAGACAGAAACAGGUGAACUUGGACGACAGCUUGAAGAGCGAGAAUCUUUGGUCUCACAGUUGUCUAGGUCAAAACAAGCUUUUACCCAGCAAAUUGAGGAACUGAAGAGACAUAUGGAAGAAGAGGUGAAGGCUAAGAAUGCUCUGGCCCAUAGCUUGCAGUCUUCACGCCAUGACUGUGACCUUCUCAGGGAGCAAUAUGAGGAGGAACAGGAAGCCAAGGGUGAGCUGCAAAGAUCUCUGUCCAAAGCCAAUGGAGAAGUCUCCCAGUGGAGGACAAAAUACGAAACUGAUGCCAUUCAGCGCACAGAAGAACUGGAAGAUGCCAAGAAAAAGUUAGCUCAACGCCUUCAAGAAGCAGAGGAACAGAUUGAAGCUGUGAACUCCAAAUGUGCCUCCUUGGAGAAAACCAAAGUGAGGCUCCAAAGCGAAGUGGAGGACCUCAUGAUUGACGUGGAGCGGGCAAAUGCUGUUGCUGCUGCUCUCGACAAAAAGCAAAGGAAUUUCGAUAAGAUUCUCGCCGAGUGGAAACAGAAGUAUGAGGAAAACCAGGCGGAACUCGAGUCUUCCUUAAAGGAGUCAAGAUCUUUGAGUACAGAGCUCUUCAAAAUGAAGAAUGCGUAUGAAGAAUCUUUGGAUCAGCUUGAAACAAUUAAACGUGAGAACAAGAAUCUACAAGUGGAAAUAACUGAUCUGUCUGAACAAAUCGCAUCCAGUGGUAAAAUCAUUUACGAGCUUGAAAAAGCCAAGAAACAGGUGGAAUUGGAGAAAAGUGAAAUGCAAGCUUCGCUUGAAGAAGCAGAGGCGUCCCUGGAGCAUGAGGAAGCCAAAAUCCUGAGAAUUCAGCUGGAGUUGACUCAAGUGAAAGCUGACAUUGAGCGGAAGGUGGCAGAGAAAGAUGAGGAGAUUGACCAGCUGAAGAGGAACCACCAGAGGACAGUGGAAACCAUGCAGACAUCUUUGGAUGCAGAGAUAAGGAGCAGGAACGAAGCAGUCAGGCUUAAAAAGAAGAUGGAAGGUGAUCUGAAUGAAAUGGAGAUUCAGCUCAGUCACUCAAAUCGGUUGGCAGCUGAAGCUCAGAAAUGUCUACGAAAUGUCCAAGGUCUACUGAAGGACACACAGAUCCACUUGGAUGAUGCUCUCCGAGGGCAGGAAGAUCUAAAGGAACAGCUUGCCUUGGUGGAGCGUAGAAACAGCCUGUUGAUUGCUGAGAUUGAAGAGAUGAGAGCUGCUCUUGAACAGACAGAAAGAUCUAGGAAGAUUGCAGAACAAGAACUUCUGGAUACAACAGAACGUGUCCAGCUUCUGCACUCCCAGAACACAAGCCUGAUUAGUACGAAGAAGAAGCUGGAAACAGAUGUUUCACAACUUCAGGGAGAAAUUGAGGAUGUCAGCAGGGAAGCAAGAGAUGCCGAAGAAAAAGCAAAGAAAGCCAUAACUGAUGCUGCCAUGAUGGCAGAGGAAUUAAAGAAGGAACAGGACACGAGCGCUCACCUCGAGAGGAUGAAGAAGAACUUAGACCAGACAGUGAAGGACCUACAGAAUCGUCUGGAAGAAGCUGAGCAACUGGCAUUGAAAGGCGGAAAGAAGCAUAUCCAGAAAUUGGAGGCCAGGGUCCGAGAACUGGAGGGUGAAGUUGAUAUUGAGCAGAAGAGAUGUGCUGACUAUAUCAAAGGGGUCCGGAAAUAUGAAAGACGUGUUAAGGAGCUGUCGUUCCAGUCUGAAGAAGACCGAAAGAAUAUUGCACGAUUGCAAGACUUGGUUGAUAAAUUACAAAUCAAAGUGAAAUCUUACAAGAGGCAGUCAGAGGAAUCUGAGCAACAAUCAAACGUUCAGAUGUCCAGGUGCCGUAAAGUCCAGAAUGAGUUGGAAGAGGCUGAAGAGCGGGCAGACAUUGCUGAAAGCCAAGUCAACAAGCUCAGGAUGAGAACAAGAGAGACCAUAACCACAAAGGUGAUCAUGACAAGUCAAGAGUAAAGAACAGAAAAUGGUAAAAAAAAUAAAUAAAAAAAUACACAAAAUGUGUGUUUUUAUUAUAUAA